AACUAGAUGCGAGAGGAGAAUAAUCGUAUUUACAAUUUGUGUUUGUUAUCUCCUUUACAUUGUAAAUGAGCAAAAAAAUAUUUAUUAAAUUCCCAUUACACGCUAUUUUAUUUUUACUUUUUUAUUCACGAUCAAUUCAAUCUGAUCAAUACUGCAGCGAUGAGCAAUGCAAAGAACAUAAUAGAAAUGUAUCAUGUCAUAUGCAGGUAGGAAUUUGGGUCCGGCACUGCGUUGACUACGAAAAAACAAUCAAAACAGAAAGGGACAAGCAAGCCAUUUUGAAUAAAAUAAAUAGCAGACGAAAUAAGGUGGCAUCGGGCGAGAUCCGGUCAUUCCCACCGGCUGGGAACAUGAUGAAAUUGGAAUGGAGUGAGAAUUUAGAAAAGUCUGCCCAAAGAUGGGCUGACCAAUGUGUUGGGCAAGGUGCGCCUGAUGUUAAAGACGAAUGCUUGAACAUAGAAACUGAAGGCCAAAAUAUAGCAACGAUAUUCGGCGAUGCCCCAGGCUUAUCGCCUUUGGUAUUGGUGGAUGUCUGGUACAUGGAACUUCUCCACAUGAAUACUUCAAUCAUACCACAAUAUAUAUUAUCCUCGGAAGCAGGAUUAUCCCAUUACGACUAUUUUGCUCAACUAGUGUGGGCGGAGUCUAGCUACGUGGGAUGUGGCGGCGUCAAGUUCAAAGAAUCGAAAAAGGAUGGCAAAGGAACAAACAGAACAGUUAACAGGCUGGUAUGUAAUUUCUUUCCCGGCGGAAACCGAGUGCACAAACCAGUGUAUGUGAAAGGAGAACCUUGUUCCACGUGCCCUGAGGGGAGUGGCUGUGAUUUGGAAUAUAAUGCCUUAUGUAAACUUAUUAGAACGAAAGGAAUACAUAGUACCGAAGAUAUUACAAAAAUGAUUCAUAAUAAUUCAAAUACAACAAAACGUAAUGGUUCCUCAUUUAUAAAUACCGAUCAGAUUAUUAAUGACACAAAUGAUGAUGAAUAUUUUAUGCCUUAUAAUUAUUUUACAAAUGUUAAUAAAGCCUCAAUGGAGACUGUUACCCCCUCACCAACUAUUGGUAAGCAAUGCAAAGACAUGGCUGUUGAAGACUUUCUAGAAUUAUUAAAAAAGAAAUUAAGCAAUGACCCAAUGUUCAAAGAUCUCGCUUCUAAAUCAAAUUCACUAGCAGGAGAUGUCACGAACACAGAUCCCAAUGUUGCAGCAUUUGUUAGUAAACUUUACAGUAAAAAAGUUCCUUCCACAACGACAAAACAAACUGAAAAAGAUUUUAUAAAUUCGACAUUACUUGUGGAUUUAGUAGAGGCUGUGAUAUUUAGAAGUGGGGACAAAAUGCCAACGUCAGUAGAAAGUGAAUCUUAUUUCAAUACACCAAUCGUCGAAGUUAAUCCUAUCAAAAUAAAGGCAGAACUAUCUGAAAUCAAGUUGAAUCAAGAUUUUACAGGGCAUUAUUUUUUCCCUGAAGACGAAGAUGAAACUGAAGCUACCAAAACUGAAAUAACUGAAGUACCCGAAUUAUAUGAGGACAUGUUAAGUUUUUCAAUGUCAGAUGUGGCAUUGGAAAUAGAGGAUUUUAAACGUAUAAAAACCACAAAAGAUUUCCUUGAAGAGAUUCUAGAAUCAGAAUCCGCCAGCGAAAAUCGUGUUAUAAGGUUUAAAAGACAUGAAGAAGAAACAAAUGAUAUAGACACAACAUUUCAAAGUGCUAGAAGAGGUGUACCUGACCUGUGCCAACCACGGAAAGUAAAAAUUAAGUAUAGCGACUUGUUACGUCAAAUCGCUUUCGACUUAAAAAUGUUGAAAUUGAGUGACCGUUUUCAUUGUACUAAAAGCUAUUCUGCGAAACACGUAAAUGCGCUAUUUACUCAAAUCCUCUGCGUAGUUACGUUUCAAUGUAUUUUAAAAUAAACUGUGUUUAAAUAA